AUGUCUGGCUCUACCGGUCAUCAUCUGAGCUUCACCAAGUUUGCAAAGAACUUCUAUGGUAACUUGAGUCAACUGAAUGGACUGGAGAGUGGAUCUCUGUUAUCAUCUCCUGGUAAUUCAUUCCCUUCAUCAUUAAAGUCAUCCAAUAACAACAUCAACAAUAAUAUACCAUCACGAUCUUCCGAAUUGACCUACCAUUGUGAACGAGAAGUGACUGCACUCUCUCAAUUGUCUCAUCCCAUAAAUUGGGGUGGUGAAACUCCAAAACAUCAUGUGGUCAUAGGUGGGAAGAACUACUUGAAACUAUUGGCUCUAGAUACUCUACAAACAAGAGUAGUGAAAGAAUAUAACCUUCUUGAUGCAGGCAAGUCGUCUUCGGUCUAUGCCAAUCACCGUAAUGCAAAGCUUAAUAUGGUCAACACUAUAAAGACUAAAGAUGAUACAAUUGCAUGUGGACUUUCAAAUGGUGAUGUUUCCAUUUAUAGACUUUCAAAUAGAGGAUCUGCUACUUUAUAUCAUAAAUUAGUGGAUCAUAGAAGAACAAUCAAUUCUCUUGAUUUUGUUGAUGAUCUGGCCAACUUGUUAAUAUCUGGAUCUCAAGAUGGUACUAUCAAGUUUUGGGAUUUAAGAGCAGCUUCUCCCAAACCAAUGAUUUCCGUUUCAUUCAGUAACCAUUCAGAUCCCAUCAGAUCGUGUCAAUAUUCUCCACAUUCCUCAAGAAGAAACAAACUCACCAUCUUAUCAGUUCAUGAUUCCGGGUCUCUUUGUAAGUAUGAUUUGAGAAGCAAUUCCAAUUAUCAACACUUGAUUAAUAAUCCUGAAAGGAAAUGGAAUUUCCAUACGGGUCCAGCAUUAUCAUUGCAUAUACAUCCUGAAAAGGAGUACGUUAUUACUGGUGGAAGAGACAAGAGAAUGUGUGUUUGUAGCUAUGGAGAUUCAAUCUCUGGUGGUACUAAAGCUGGUCCUGGUCCUGAUUUUAUCAUCAACACUUAUGGUCCUGUUAUGAAGGUUAGAUGGUCUAAUUACCCUGUCAAAUAUGGUGGCAAUGGUAGUGGAAAUGACAACGUAGAAUCUACUUAUUCGAAUGAUGAUAAGCUCUCGUAUGAUGAACGAGAGUUUCUUUCCAGUGCAUCUAUCACACCUUCAGAUCCUUUGUUCCAUUAUGAUUUUGCCUGUAACUAUUUGAAUGACGAUCCAACCAUUUCAGUGUUCAAUCUAAGACGGAAGUUCAUUGCCAGAGAUACAAUUUAUACCAAGAAUCUAAAGGCAUUCCAAAACUUUAUUUGGGCCAACAACACAGACUUUUCAAGAAAAUUAUGGUCGAUAUCCAAGUCCAAUGACUUUGUCUCUUAUGAUUUAGACUCAUAUUCCGAUCAUAUUGUUCAUCCCAUUGAAGAUUUAAAUGAUGUGACCCUUGGGUGGUCCAAUGGGUUCUGUGACUUUUCAUUCGUUGAUCAAGAACGUCAUGAGUUUCAAAUAAAUGUAGAAACUCUGUCUUCUAUCAAUACUGAAGCUGCCGAAAGUGUUCUGGAUGUUGCAAGUGAAUUAGCCAUGAAUCUGUUGAAUUUAGUGGAAGAAGUAGAUGAACCUUUACAUAACACAGUUUCAAUUCCUAUUACUCCCGGUAUGGCCUCCGUGACUGCUAAUCCUAUGGAUUUCAUUUCUUCCAAUUAUUCGGUCUCACCUAAAGAUAGGGCUUAUUUGAGACCUCAAAGCUAUAAUAAUAUGUUUAUUCCUCGUCCAGGGUCUCCAGCAUUAAAGCAUUCCAAUUCAGAGGGGGUCCAUAAUCGACCAGUUUUAAAGAGAAACCCUUCCCAAAUGACUCAAGCAUCUGGCCAUUCAGCAUCAAGUUUAACAGGACAAAAGAGAUACUUGAGUAUAAACUAUACCAGUCCUUAUGUUUGUCCUGUUUCUAUUCCAUUGCCGUUGAAUGAUGAGGUUGGCUUUGAGAUCAUAGCCCGAUCUUAUCUAUUGGAGAUCCCAGAUAGCUUUUCAUUGGCUCGAGUAUGUUUAUUCAAUGCUGAAUAUGCUGCUAGCGCUAAUAAGUUCCGUCAUUGUCAGAGUUGGCAGGCUCUAGCCAUAGCGGUGGAAGAUUAUCAUGACAACCAAACAAGAAGAAAGGCAACCUAUCAACAAGAUAAUGGUGAUGAUAACAAUAAUAAUGAAACUAAGAACUUUAGUAGUGAAAGUCUGGAUUUACCAGAACUCAAGUCAAUCCUGUCAGAACUUGGUAAUCUCGUUGGUUCUUUCAAUUCAAUGUCAUCACUGACCACUAAUAAUAAUUAUCAAGAGUUGAAAGACCAUCAUGGUGGUGUUGAAACUGAAUCUGAAGAAAGGGUUAAGAUCAAAAAUAAUUCUACCAGUAGUUUGGUGGAGAUGUUAGCUAAAAGUCGAGGUAAUAGUUUCACCAGUCCCAAUAUCUCUCGAGUUAACAGUACGAUAUUCUCCAGGAAUGCUCAGUUCAAAGACGCAGCCUUCAAUGAAGUGGCUAUAGAGGAUGAUGACGAUGAAGAAGGUGGUGAUGGUGUUGAAGAUGCAGAACAAGCUGCUAUUUCUUCUUCUGGGGCAACGGAUCAAAAGAUAAAGGGCAUUUUAACUCAACCACUGGUUGAUAAUAAUUCCGAAGAAGGAUCACGUAAGUUGAAAUUGAAUAUUGAUACAGUUCCUCCUAUGAGACCUUAUUCGGUUUAUAGUGGUUCCCUACAGCAAAGUCCUCUAUUGAAUAGGAAAUAUUCAACCACUACCAGGGCCCAAGCAUUUGAAGAUUUGGAUAAUGAGAUUCCAAGCUCAAGGUUCCUGUUCAGCUCUGCAUCAUCAGCAUCUCCAGUGUUGUACGGGUCUCUCCAAAUGACUCAUUUUGGGUCUGCUGGGCCUGGGACCUUGUCAAGACGAGAUUCAACCUUUUUGCAAGGCAGUAAAAUGGCGUUCCAAAGACGUAGUCUUCAACAUGUUAAUGGUGAUGCUAAUGAUGUUGAAGAGAAGACAGAACAGGAAAGUUCUAAAGUGGAUACCAGAUCGGAAUUGACCAGAGCCAUCGAUCAUGAGAAGACAAAGGAGUAUGAGGUCCAUAAACCUUGGAAGUUGAAGGAGAUACUAGAACAAUUAUUGGAGUACUCUGCUCAACAAGGUGACAUUAUCAUGUGUUGUACUUUAUGUCUGUUGUUUUAUGACACUGGGGUGGUGACUAAAGAAGCAGCCAUGGAAUGGUAUUUAACGUAUGUGGAUAUCUUAAAGAGGAAAAGACUCUUUUCCAUUGCUGCUAAGGUGAUUAAUAGUGUUCCUCGGGCAUUAUUGCCCGAAAUAGUUGAACAUACCAAGAAUGAAGUGGAUCUACGCUUCUACUGUUGUCAUUGUCAGAAGUUGUUACUCAAUGAGAAAAGUAAGCAUAGGGUUACAGCCCUGAAGGUAGGAGGAGGAGAAGGAGAAGUGGGAGGAGAGUUUGGGUUUUGGUACUGUGAUAACUGUAACAAGAUGCAACUGAAUUGUAUCUAUUGCAAUGAACCUUGUAAAGGAUUGAACGUUGUUGUUAGUUUGAAAUGUGGUCAUAGGGGUCAUUUCUGGUGCCUACGUGAAUGGUUUGUUGAAGAUGAGAAUGUUGAUUGUCCUGGUGGAUGUGGCUAUACAGUUGUGACAACAUAA